AUGCACAGCACGGACACCCAUGUGGCCAUGGACCAGCUUAGCAACCUUGGACCAACUUUCCACUCCAUCCAGGUGGCUGAGCAUGGAGGGGUGAAUCAAGCGGGCGGUCGCUCACCGGGAGAGAUCUCAGAUCGGUUGUCGCUGAAGUACAGCAGCUCACCCGAGGCUGGCAGGCUGCAGCAGCGGAGCAGCAGCCGUGAGUCCAACAGCCACGCCUCAGGCAGCGGAGUGGGCGCGGACGAGCGGCCGGGCGGCCCUUCCGGCAGCGUCCCGCGGCGCCAGCGCUGCACGCGCCGCCGACUCAGCUUCGGCGCGGACGACGAUGCCGAUGACGACGGCCCAGCCGACGGCGAUGCGCGCGCGGCCGGCACCGAUGCGCGCGCGGCCGGGGCCGGCCAGUUCGGCGCGUCGCAGAACAUCGAGCGGCACACCUCGGGGAUCUAUGACCUGAUCGACGCCAUUGGCCUGCUCGAUGCGGAGAGCAUCCCUGCGGAGGCCCUAGAAGACAGCGAGGGCAGCGGCCGCGGCAGCAGCGAGAGCCACCAGCACUCGGAGACGCUUCCGCCACGCGCCACCGCCGCCAGCAACGCAGCGUCCCGCCUGGCGCGCCACGCCAGUGCGCCGCCAGAGUUCGAGGCGUCGCGGCUGCGGCCGGGCGGCGUAAGAAAGGUGCGAGGCGCGGGGCAGCACUCGGUCGGCCGCGACAGCAGCCGCAUGGGAUCCUGGAGCCAGGCCCAGAAGAUCGAGCUCGUGCGGCUGGUUCGCGAACACAGCCCCUGCGGAGCAGCCGACUGGGAGGCCAUAGCGGACCGGCUGGGCCGGUGGAGCCGCGGCGGCGCGAGCGCGGAGCGGAUGUACAGGACGCUGACUGAUCCGGGUUACCAGAAGGCGACUAACAAGCACGGCCGGCGCCUGAAUAAGCGCAGCGGCAUUCCCAUGCAUGUCAUGGCGGCCCACGCACUGCGUUCCCUUCCCGACAACGAGGGUAACCUCACCGAGAUAUCGGACGUGAUCAAGGAGCACCCCGGCUUCGCAAAGGACUUAGACUGGAGCGCGCGGCCCGGCACAAAGACAUAUCCACGCUGGAAGGAUGCGCUCAUCGGCUGCUUCAAGGCCGGCCGCUACCCGCACCUGGUGAAAACCGAGCGCAAGCGCGACGGCUUGAACGUGUACUUCCUCGACGAGGGGCGCAUGCCCGCCGCCGUCGCCGCGGCCGCCGCGAAAGCGAUGAGCGCGGCCGAGGACUCCGAGACCGGCAGCGCGGCGCGCGGUGCAAGCGGCAGCGAUCAGUCAUCUGAGUGAGUCAGAGGAUGUGGGUCAAGCGUUAGUAAUAUUCUGUCAUUGCCAAAUCUGCCAUCUGAGCGCCGCCAAGCACUUCGAAACUGGCAGGGCGGCGCGCGGCACAAAUAGCGGCGACCAGUCAUCAGAGUGACUAUUGGUGAGUCAGCUACUAGGUGCUGCAAGCUACUAAAGCUGAGUUAGUACCGCCAAGGCAAUCAGCGCCGCCGAGGACUCCGAGACGGGCAGCACGGCAAGGGGAGCCAGCGGCAGCGUCAAUCAUUUGAGUGAGUCAGCAUGCGCGACACAGCCAUUGGCAUGUGGGAACUUUAAACUCGAUUGAUUCAAGCCAGCAGUGAUGAUGAUUCAUUGGUAGACAUCAUCAAGGGCUGUGUAGGAACCAACACCGCCAGCGGGCCGCUGGCCCGAGCGGCAGCAAUCAGUCAUCGGAGUGAGUAAGGGAUGUGUCAUCAGAAUGGGUCAAUGCUACAAAGAGGCAAGAACUGUUGCAAGUACAAUCAAUCAUCGAGCUGUGUGAGAGGGCUGGUCAAGGCUGUGAAGAAGGAUGAAUUUUGAUAUUGAGAUCACAUAAAACAGGGAGAGAAUAAGCGCUGGUGUCUGUGCAGCUGCACAUACUGAUUCUUGGCUGGGGCUGUGUGUAAAAGAAAGCAUUCAUCAGCUAUCUUUUAAA